UCAGGACAUCUCUAUGGUUGCCACAUGCUUUUUCGAGCGGUGAACAACGUGAUUGAAACCUCUCGAGUGGUCGCGUGAGAACCGGGAGGAUGAAGGACACGCCGCUGUCCAACUGCGAGCGGGACUUCCUGCUGAAAGCCAUCGAAGAGAAAAAACGUCUGGAUGGACGACAGACCUACGACUACAGGAAGAUGAAGAUCACAUUUGGGACCGACUACGGAUGCUGCUUUGUGCAUCUGGGAAAAACCAGGUGGAGCUUAGACUAUAUGGUCAUGGCCCAGGUGUCGUGCGAGCUGGUGGCCCCGAAAGAAAGUCGCCCAAACGAGGGCAUCAUGUUCUUCAACAUCGAGCUGUCGCCGAUGGCCUCGCCGGCGUUUGAACAAGGCAGACAAUCCGAGCUGUCGGUGAAGUUAAACCGGCAGCUGGAGAGAUGCUUGAGGAACUCCAAGUGCAUCGACACCGAGUCCCUGUGUGUGGUGUCUGGGGAAAAGGUGUGGAAGAUCAGAGUGGACGUUCACCUGUUGAACCACGACGGGAACCUGAUGGACGCGGCCAGCAUCGCCGCCAUCACCGCUCUGUGCCACUUCAGGCGGCCCGACGUCGGCAUCCAGGGCGACGAGGUCACGGUGUACAGUCCAGACGAGAGAGAGCCCAUUCCUCUGAGCAUCUACCACAUGCCCAUCAGUGUCAGCUUCGCCUUCUUCCAACAAGGGACCUACCUCCUGGUCGACCCCUGUGAACGGGAGGAGCGGGUGAUGGACGGCUUGCUGAUGAUCGCCAUGAACAAACACCGAGAGAUCUGCUCCAUUCAGUCCAGCGGGGGCAUCAUGUUGCUGAAGGAGCAGGUUAUGAGAUGCAGUAAAAUAGCCAGCGUGAAAGUGUCUGAGAUCACGGAGCUCCUCAACAAAGCCCUGGCCAACGACAAGAAAGCCAGGAAGGAAGGCGGCCGGUGUGGUUUUGCCGAGUCUCUUCCACAGGAGCGAAUCACAGCGCUGAGAAUGGAGCAGACGUCGGUGGAGAUGACGGACGCGACGGCGCGCGCCAACGACAUCGUCCAGAAAGCCGACGCCCCCCCCCAGAAGGCGCCUUCCCCCGUGGUGCCCGUCCCAGGUGUGGGUCAGGUAGGGCAGGGGCUGCAGAACACCUGGGGACUGGAGGAGGAGGAGGAGGAGGAGGAGGAGGAUGAUGAUGAUGAUGAAGAGGAGGAAGCAGAAGAAUGUGACAGUGGUGAAGAACGGAUGGAAGAGGAGCAUCAUGGAAAGGAGGCGAGCAGAGAAGACGAUGUGGUUGAGAUAUCUGACAGUGAAGAGGAGGAGGUGGUUAUACUUCACCCAGAGGCGCCAGACAAAACUCUUAAAAAAACAGGGACCAGUUCCCACCAGAAGGGGGCAGCAGCGUCAAAGAAAAGACAGGAGAAAUGAAGCAGGACCCCACGGAGCACCUCCUCACAACAGAGACCCAGUUCUGGUGAAGAGGAUCCCAACCUGCCAUGAAGUCCACUUGUUUUGUACAAUAAGUAUAUUUUACUACCUGUGGCGGUUAAGCAGGGUUUUUUUUACAUUUCAGUUGAGUUCUGUGGUGUUGAUUGUACAUCAAAAUAAAAGAUGAAUAUAUUAACCUUU